UAGGUCGAUCAAGUAUGCUGACUGUGCCUUGGCAUUUAUCCAGCUGAACUACAUUGUGUACAUGAACGAAACAAAAUGCUGUUCUUUUUUACUUUUUUAAUCGCGUUGACCAUGGUACACUGUGCUCAUUACGACUAUGGCGAGUACGACCGAACCAGGGACGAUUUCAGACCAGGUACGUUUCCUGACGGCUUCAUCUGGAGCACUGCCACGGCGUCCUACCAGAUCGAGGGCGCCUGGAACGUGGACGGCAAAGGUGAGUCCAUCUGGGACAGGUUCUCCCACACACCUGGUAAGGUAGACCGCGGGGACACUGGAGACGUGGCCUGUGACAGCCACAACAAGUACCGAGAAGACGUGCAGCUCAUGAAGGCCAUGGGUCUGAAGUACUACCGCUUCUCUCUGUCAUGGCCGCGGAUCUUUCCCGACGGUACUGUAGCGGGCGGUGUCAAUCAAGCUGGAGUCGACUACUACAAUAACGUCAUAGACGAACUGCUCGCAAACGGCAUCACCCCGAUGGUGACACUUUACCACUGGGACCUCCCGCAGGCCCUACAGGACAGGUACGGAGGGUGGGUGAACGAGGAGAUUGUCGAACAUUAUGAUAACUACGCCACCUUCGCGUUCCAGACCUUUGGCGACAGAGUCAAAUAUUGGUUAACUUUUAACGAACCGAUGGUACUCUGCUCCUUGGGUUACACGUCAGGCGAACACGCCCCCGGGAUCCACGAUCCAACAUCAGUCUCAGGCUUGAGCUGUGGACAUACACUUCUGAAGGCCCAUGCCAGAGCGUGGCACACAUACAACACAACCUUCCGACAACUUCAGGGAGGAAAAGUCGGGAUCGCUCUGAGUCUUUUGUGGGCGGAGCCUCGUGACCCUGACCUUCCAGCCGACGUCUCGGCAACAGACCGUGCAAUGCAGAUGAUUAAUGGCUGGUUUGCACAGCCCAUCUUCGGAGACGGAGAUUACCCUAACGUCAUCAAAGAAACAGUACAGAAACUGAAGUCGCAGUUGACAGAGGUUCCUGAAUUCACCGACGAGGACAAAUCUCUCAUCCAUGGGUCGGCGGAUUUCUUGGGUGUGAACCAUUAUUCAUCAAGAAUCACUUCUGACAAACCCAUCGACAUACAGACACAGAGCGUCUUUGAGUCGUUUCAAAUGACCACCGCCCCGGAGUGGCCACGUGGUCAGUCUGACUGGUUGUUUGCAGUACCAUGGGGACUCCGCAGACUUCUCAAAUAUAUCAAGGAGCACUAUGGAGAUCCCGAUGUGUACAUCACGGAGAACGGUUGGUCUGACGGUGACGUACAGCCGCCCGUCAUGGAGGACACGGGCCGCAUCUGUUACUACAUGACGUAUAUCGAUGAGGUACUAAAAGCGAUUGAGGAGGACCAAGUCAAGGUUCGAGCCUACACCGCUUGGUCUUUCAUGGACAACUUUGAGUGGACCCGGGGCUACACCGAACGGUUUGGGCUGCACUAUGUUAACUUCACCGACUCGAACCGGCCCAGAACACCUAAACAGUCCGCAAGCUUCUACAAGGACGUCAUCGCCAACAACGGCUUCCCCAAGGGGGCAGAGGUCACUAGAAUUGUUCAGGACAUGUGGGAGCAGUGCCGGGGCAGUGACACUGUAAAAGAGGAGCUAUAGAGCAAAAGCAACAAGAAAUCUUUUUAAAAAAGCUGUGCCUUGCCGCGUAUUUUAUGUUAUUUUGGUAAGUUAGACUAGAUUCUACGCUUAAAAAUCCCG